AUGUGCGCGCUGCGGACCCCCCUGGCGAAACAGGCGGAUGUGUUGGCCCAGCAGUACCGCCUCAAUAUGGAGCCGCGCCGAGACACUCACCGCCUCGUGAAGAGGGCUUCCCGCCCGUUGGCUGACACAGCACCGGAAAUCAUUAUGGAGGUGACCGACAGCGUGAAGAGCACAAGUCUCAGUGAAAGCUACAGUGAUUUGUCAUUUAGGAAGUCUUCUACUUUUGAUUUAGACGAAGAAUUUGAUUUUGACGAAGACGAGAAUGACUACUUUUUUGAUGAUUUUUCUUCCGGUGAAACACAAGUUGAUAAUGUUGUGCAAAUUUAUGAAGCUGCGUGCAAAAAAUACAAUUUAUUGUGCAUGAAUUCUAUUAAGGCAGCGCUGCUGAGUGAAACAUUUUCGUGUAAAUUUGUUAAGAUUCAAGAACAUGAUCUGAUGGCACUCUGCCUGGCGCUGUACGACAACAGAUACGUCCAUCGUGUUGAGCUUGAACGGAACGGCCUGGAGGGCAUGUCCAUCCACACACUUGGGGAGGUGCUCCGCGACUCCGCCUUCAUCACGCACAUACGGAUCGUGGACAACGGCCUCAAAACGGAAGGGGCGAAAAAUAUUUGUAAAGCUGUUGCCGCCAACAAGAUGAUAGUAUCUCUUGAUUUAUCUGGGAACGGAUUCGUGGAAAGUGACGGUGUAAUAUUUGAAAAACUUUUGAAUGACUCUAAGUCACUGAGAGAACUAAUACUGUCGAAAAACGCUCUUAUGGACAUUGGUGUGAAGGCCAUUGCUAUAGGGUUGGAGGACAGCAGCACACUCCGAACACUUGACCUGUCCUGGAACCACAUCCGGUUACAGGGUGCAGAAGCCAUCGGCCUGGCCCUGGAGAGAAACAUUUCCCUCAGAAGCGUCAACCUGGCAUGGAAUGGCUUACAUUAUGAUGGUGCUAGGUCUAUUGCUGCCGCCUUAACGAAAAAUGAGACGUUACAAGACCUGGACCUCGCUUGUAACAGACUGAAUGAAAAGUGCAUCGCGGAAAUACUGAACGGGUUAGACAACAAUUCAACACUGGAGAAGCUCAGGUUAGCUAACAACUCCAUUACAUGUACAGGUGCAGAGGCUAUAUUGAAAAAAAUACUAAGUUAUAAGGACACUGCCUUAAACUACAUAGAUCUGGGAAAACAGGAUGUGUAUGACACAUUUUUGGACAUCAACGCACGUGCAAAAAAGGAGCGUGGUAUCGAAGUAGUGUUCGGAAACGUCUGGGACACAACUCGCAACUUGAAAAAGACUGCCGAGGACGACGACGAGGGUUUCUUGCUUACCUGCAACCCCCUCACCGUCCUGAUGGAGUGCAUGCGUCUACAGAACCUCAGACUGAUUGAUUUCUUCCAGUCGUUGGAUAAGGACAGGAGUAACUCUAUUGAACUCAUUGAAUUUUGUGAUGGACUGUUAAAAUUGGGCGUUCCAGUCAAAAGACAAGUGUUGUUGAAGUUGAUUCGUAAGUUGGACAAGGACAAAAGCAACACGUUGGACUUUGGCGAGAUGACUGAGGCACAGAACAUGCACAGGAAGAAACUAAGACAAAGCCUUCAGGUAGAUGUUGACUUUGACCGAACAGAAAUUGGCAAGGUAUCCGCAGCACUUCGCCGUAUCCUGGCACGAAACUUCCUCAUGAAAGAAAAAGAUAGCCGAGCGAAGAUCGCACGCAAGAAGAAGAACAGGGACGCUAAAACACCUAGCCCUAACAACUGGGAGGAAGUGGAAUCAAACAUGGCGCUCGUCUCCCCGGGUAGCAGUCGCGCAUCGUCCGCCGUCGCCAAGCACAAACGCGGUCCGUGA